AUGGCACCAGGCUGCAAAACUGAGUUACGCAAUGUGACAAAUUGUCAGUCUAACCAGCCCAGCAAUGAAGGUGAUGCCAUCAAAGUUUUUGUGCGAAUUCGUCCACUUGCAGAAGGUUCUGGGUCAGCUGAUGGAGAGCAAAGCUUAUGCUUGUCUGUGCUCUCUUCCGUGAGUCUCCGGCUGCACUCUAACCCUGAACCCAAGAUCUUCACGUUUGAUCAUGUUGCAAACAUGGAUACCACUCAGGAGUCUGUGUUCUCAACUGUGGCUAAAAGCAUUGUGGAAUCUUGCAUGAGUGGUUAUAAUGGUACCAUCUUUGCGUAUGGACAGACUGGCUCAGGGAAGACAUUUACUAUGAUGGGACCAUCUGAAUCUGAUAAUUUUUCUCAUCAUCUGAGAGGAGUAAUCCCACGAAGUUUUGAAUAUUUGUUUUCCUUAAUUGAUCGUGAAAAAGAAAAGGCUGGAGCUGGAAAGAGUUUCCUUUGUAAGUGUUCUUUUAUUGAGAUCUAUAAUGAGCAGAUAUUCGACCUAUUGGACUCUGCAUCAGCUGGAUUAUACUUAAGGGAGCACAUCAAGAAAGGAGUCUUUGUUGUUGGUGCAGUGGAGCAGGUGAUAACCUCAGCUGCUGAAGCUUAUCAGGUGCUGUCUGGAGGAUGGAGGAACAGACGUGUGGCAUCAACAUCAAUGAACAGAGAAUCCUCUAGGUCUCAUGCAGUCUUUACCAUUAUAAUAGAGUCCAUGGAGAAAAGCAAUGAGAUUGUGAAUAUACGGACCUCCCUGCUCAAUCUGGUAGAUUUAGCAGGAUCUGAAAGGCAAAAAGAUACCCAUGCAGAAGGGAUGAGGUUGAAGGAAGCAGGUAACAUAAACCGAUCACUGAGCUGCCUGGGCCAAGUGAUUACUGCCCUUGUCGAUGUGGGGAAUGGAAAACAGAGACAUGUGUGCUACAGAGACUCUAAACUUACCUUCUUACUACGGGACUCCCUUGGAGGUAACGCCAAAACAGCCAUAAUUGCAAAUGUUCAUCCUGGAUCUAGGUGUUUUGGGGAAACCCUAUCAACACUUAAUUUUGCUCAAAGAGCCAAGCUGAUUAAAAACAAGGCAGUGGUAAAUGAAGACACCCAAGGAAAUGUGAUCCAGCUCCAAGCUGAAGUGAAGAGGCUGAAAGAACAGCUGGCCCAGCUUACUUCAGGGCGGACACCACCAGAAAGCUUUCUGACCAGAGACAAAGAGAAGACUGAUUACAUGAAAUAUUUCCAGGAGGCAAUGCUAUUCUUUAAGAAAUCUGAACAGGAAAAGAAGUCUCUAAUAGAAAAAAUUACCCAAUUAGAAGACCUCAACCUCAAAAAGGAAAAAUUUAUUCAAUCAAAUAAAAUGAUUGUGAAAUUCCGAGAGGAUCAAAUAAUACGCCUGGAAAAGCUCCACAAGGAAUCCCGGGGCAGCUUUCUGGCUGAGGAGCAGGAUCGUUUGCUCUCAGAAUUAAGGGAUGAGAUUCAAACUCUGCGAGAACAAAUAGAACACCACCCCAGAGUUGCAAAGUAUGCCAUGGAAAAUCAUUCCCUCCGGGAGGAGAAUAGAAGACUGCGACUAUUAGACCCCGUGAAAAUAGCCCAAGAAAUGGAUGCCCAGACCAUUGCAAAACUGGAAAAAGCUUUCACUGAAGUCUGUGACACAGAGAAAAAUGAUAAAAGUGGAAAUAAUCUGAAAGAAUAUCUCUAAUUUAAAGACAUAACUAAGGUUAUGAAAAGGCAGCUAGAAUUGGAAUCAGAACUUCAGUCUUUGCAAAAAGCAAACCUUAAUCUUGAAAACCUUUUGGAAGCAACAAAAGCCUGUAAGCGGCAGGAAGUUUCCCAGCUGAAUAAAAUUCAUGCUGAAACACUUAAGAUUAUAACUACACCAACAAAGGCUUAUCAACUUCGUUCUCGACUAGUCCCAAAAUUAAGCCCCGAAUCAGGGAUCUUUGGCUCUAUACAUACUCAGAAUUCUAACCUAUUAGAUAAUGAUAUAUUAAAUGAGCCAGUUCCACCUGAGAUGAAUGAGCAAGCUUUUGAGGCCAUUUCCGAAGAGCUUAGAACAGUACAGGAACAAAUGAGUGCUCUUCAAGUUAAGUUGGAUGAAGAAGAACACAAAAACCUAAAGCUUCAGCAGCAUGUUGACAAACUGGAACAUCAUUCUACCCAAAUGCAGGAGCUUUUUGCAUCAGAAAGAACUGAUUGGACCAAACAUCAGCAAGAGCUUCUCUCACAGUUGAAUGUCCUUGAAAAGCAGUUUCGAGACACUCAAACUAAGAAUGACUUUUUGAAAAGUGAGGUGCAUGACCUGCGAGUAGUCCUUCAUUCUGCUGACAAAGAGCUUUCUUCAGUGAAACUGGAGUAUAGUUCAUUCAAAGAGAAUCAAGAGCAAGAACUCAACAACCUUUCCGAAAGACACAUGCAUGUACAGCUUCAAUUAGAUAAUGUCAGAUUAGAAAAUGAAAAACUUCUGGAGAACAAAGCCUGCCUACAGGAUUCUUAUGACAACUUACAAGAAGUAAUGAAGUUUGAAACUGACCAACUUUCAAAAAACCUCCAAAACUACAAAAAAGAAAAUGAAACUCUGAAAUCCGAUCUGAAGAAUUUGAUGGAGCUUUUUGAAGCAGAAAAAGAACGCAAUAACAAAUUAUCAUUACAGUUUGAAGAAGAUAAAGAAAAUAGUUCUAAAGAAAUCUUAAAAGUUCUUGAGGCUGUACGUCAGGAAAAACAGAAAGAGAUGGCCAAGUGUGAGCAGCAGAUGGCAAAAGUACAAAAAUUAGAAGAGAAUUUGCUUGCUACUGAAAAAGUGAUCAGUUCUCUGGAGAAGUCAAUAGAUUCUGACAAGGAAGUUGUGAGUGACCUCAUGAAUCAGAUCCAGGAGCUAAGAACAUCAGUCUGUAAGAAAACGGAAAUCAUAGACACCCUGGAACAAGAAUUGAAGGACAUAAAUUGCAAAUACAACUCUGCUUUGGUGGAUAAAGAAGAGAGCAAAGCAUUGAUCAAGAGGCAGGAAGGAGAUAUACUGGAUCUGCAAGAAACACUAAGGCUGAGAAUACUCUCGGAGGAUAUAGAGAGGGACAUGCUCUGUGAGGACCUGGCUCAUGCCACUGAACAGUUGAACAUGCUCACAGAGGCCUCAACAAAACACUUGGGGCUGCUGCAGUCUGCCCAGGAAGAACUGACCAAGAAGGAGGCCCUGAUCCAGGAACUUCAGCAUAAGCUAAACCAAAAGAAAGAGGAAGUAGAACAGAGGAAGAAUGAAUACAACUUCAAAAUGAAACAGCUAGAGCAUGUGAUGGAUUCUGCCGCUGAAGUUCCCCAGAGUCCUAAAUCACCACCUCCUUUUCCAACACAUUUGGCAAAACUCCUGGAAACACAAGAACAAGAAAUAGAAGACGGAAGAGCCUCUAAGACUUCUUUGGAACGCCUUGUAACAAUGCUGAAUGAAGAUAGAGAAGUCAAAAACGCUGAAAUCCUCAGAAUGAAGGAGCAGUUGUGUGAAAUGGAAAACCUACGCCUGGAAUCUCAGCAGUUACGAGAGAAAAACUGGCUCCUGCAAGGUCAGCUGGAUGAUCUUAAAAGACAAAAAGACAAUAGUCAUCAGAAUCAUCCAGAUAAUCAGCAGCUAAAGAAUGAAGAAGAAGAGAUUGUCAACGAAAGACAUGCUAAAAGUAAAAUAGUUGAAGAAAUGCUGAAAAUGAAAGCAGACCUGGAGGAAGUCCAGAGUGCCCUUCACAACAGAGAGAUGGACUGCCUUAGAGUGGCUGAGGAAGUUGAACGAACCAGAACUUUGGAGUCUAAAGCAUUCCAGGAAAAGGAAGAACUGAGGUCAAAGCUGGAAGAAAUGUAUGAAGAAAGAGAGAGAGCAUUCCAGGAAAUGGAAAUGUUAAGGAAGCAAGUGGAGUAUCUGGCUGAGGAAAAUGGAAAGUUGGUAGGUCACCAAAACCUACAUCAGAAGAUUCAGUAUGUAGUGCGGCUAAAGAAGGAAAAUGUCAGACUUACUGAGGAGACAGAAAAAUUGCGUGCUGAAAAUGUGUUUUUAAAAGAGAAGAAAAAGAAUGAAUCAUAAAGAUUCUGGUCGACUACCUAUAUAUCACCUUGUUUGGAAAUUUUUUUCUCUCUGUUAAAAGUAAGAGCUACUCAUGCCCACUUAGGAGAGCUGAAUUUCAAGUCCUUAAUUAUUAAAUGUGCAUAUGGUUAUG